ACGGAAGACAUGUUGACACUUGACGUUUGUAUGUUGUGGGUUUUGUCACCCCUCCGUUGCCCGCCAUUUGAGUCAGAACGGCGGCAGUCUCGAUUUUGCGGCGCCGAUGAUCAGUCCCACAACGGGGCCGCGGUCGAAGAAGCGCGACGUUGGUGUGCCCAAGUUCCUUCGAUCGCUGUUCGAGAUGCUCGAAACCGAGGACACGCAGAUCAUCUCUUGGACGCUUGACGGAGCGUCGGUGCAAGUUCUCGACCGACACACGCUCGAGAGUCACAUCCUUCCCAAGUAUUUCAAGCACAGCAAGUUUACGAGCUUUCAACGACAGCUCAACUACUUUGGUUUCAAGAAGAACACCAAGUUUCGAUCCCACAUGUACACGUUCACCCACCCGUACUUUCGACAGAACCGAAAGGACCUCCUGUCAAAGAUCACGCGCCAUUAUGGCCACGACGACGACGCGGCCAACGGCGGCAAUGCCGGCUCGGGCGAUGAAAACGACUCUAUAGGCAAGUUCCUUGAAAACGAAACCCCGAAAGGAGACGAACCGCCUUUCUCGCUCGACCCCAUGCUUCACUUAAACUCGCAAGACUUGGACACACUCAUGUGUUUGAUGGACCCCGAGACUCCUCCCCACACCACAAUCAUGCCCGACACGAUGCCGCUACGUAUCCAAGCACCCUUUCCGUCCAAGUCGCUGCAACGAUUCAUGACACUCCCAAAGACCCCGCCAUGCAUGGCAUUCGACCAGCACGAGAAGCAUUCGCAACUCCCGACGAAGACGCGUCCAUUGACGCCUGUGUCCCCGCCAUCCAACCUAUGCUUCUCCCCAAUGCCUUCACAACCGGUGUACAGUUCAUCCGACUCAAGGCGAAUAGAGUCGACCAACGCCGCGGUCCGUCUGCCUCCUUCGUCGGACGCGUCGGCCGACCACCGCCCACACAUGUACUCCCACCAACCCCACCAAGCGCUGCGUUCUCUGCAACAACCCCGGCACGCACAUCACGCCGCGGCAUCCCAGUCCACAUCGCAUGCACCAUACCACUCCAAGUCAUCACAUUCGACGUCAACUCCCCACGCGAUGCACACGCAGCAGCAGCACCUCCAGACAGGGCCGAAUGCGCCGCGAUUUGCAGACGACUACGGCGUCCUGUACGAAGCCGCGUCCAUGUUUCUGUAAACGUCACGAAGCACCAUCCCCGAUAGCCCAUAGCCACCCCAACCACCGUAUUUUAAUGUCAACACCACCUUCUCGCGA